CUACUAGUACAAUCCUUAUUUUUGUAGUAGGAGAAUACAGUUAUUGUUAUAUUGUUGUUGUCUUUGGCUGAGCAAUAGCCUCGUGGUUAGCACGUCAGCCUAACAGUUGCGAGACCCAUGUUGAAUCUCCACUGGAGCAUCGCUGUGUAUACACAAUACUGACCCAAGACUAUUUUUGUUCCCUAAAAAACAUUUUGCAAGAGAAAACUGGUCUUAAUUUUGGUGUCUAGAGGUUUAUACAUGCUGCUGUUUACUCUUAAAGAAGCUUUUAGUGAACUUAGACCUAGUUAAAGUAAGAGAAUGUGAAAAAUAACAAUUACACUCAGCUGACAGCAUUUUGUUUUUUGGAUAUUUGGCUUGUGCCAUGAGAUAUGUGACUAAAUAUAGCCAUCUUUUCCCUUUACUUUAUGCAUAUGUUCUUUACUCUGGUCUCAUGGCACAAAUACCAGUGAGAAUGAUUAGUCAACUGCAUACAAAUAUGCAUCAAUUAGCAUUUUUGUUCUGGACCAACCAUUCACACCACUGCAUGUUUUGGGAGGAGGUGCAAUACCCGCAGAAAAACCCACAGAAGCACAGGAUCGGCACACAAACUCUACAUGUGAUCCCUUAAUCAACCCUGUUAUCCUGUCUUCUUGCUAUCCACCCUCUGUCUCACUGUGCUGGUUGAGACAGAUGGCCGCCUAACAGUGCCUGAGUUCGGUUCAGGGUUUUUCUUUGCCUUUCCGUCAAGUGUUUGCUCUUGUGGGGGUUCAUUUGGUUCCUGGCGCUCUAUACUGUAUUGACCAGAGUAUAAAACUUCAACUUCAGGGUCUAGUAUAUGGUAAAUAAAAUGUUCUUGACUUGGCGCUUAAAAUAAACUCUGUGACAAGAAGAAAAAAAUCUAAACACUGGAGGUCACCUCAUCUUGGGUUUCAUGUAUGUGCAUUAGCCCUGUGGCUGGACGCACAAAUAUAGACUGCAUCAUGCAACUUAUUGUUGGCACCACUGACAAACGCGGGAAGCCGAAUCCAAAUUGAUUGAGAGGCGUCUAACCAAUCAGGCGUCUUGGCCCGGUUGCAGUUUUGCUCCGCUUGACCAAUAGUAGCUCGCCUCCAGUCGUAUGGGUGGGGCGAGGCACAACGCGUGGUAGUUGAGUGUCAAGAGAAACAAAAUCCAGACGAUUCUCACUAAAGGGAGGAAAGGGAACCAUUUCAUCAAGGAGCCCCAGACCGGCAGUAGACUGACUGUCCCCUGUGGUUGCGGUGAAAGAACACCUCCCCUGGCAGGCUGGCCGCACUCCCCUUUCUCCUGCCUCCAUGUAUCCUGAAUCAACCACGGACUCUCCCGCCCGCCUCUCCCUUCGACAGACAGGCUCACCUGGAAUGAUCUACAGCGCUCGUUAUGGAAGCCCAAAACGACAGUUGCAGUUCUACAGAAACCUUGGAAAAUCGGGUCUGCGCGUGUCCUGCCUUGGAUUAGGAACAUGGGUGACAUUUGGUGGACAGAUAACAGAUGAGAUGGCGGAGCAGCUGAUGACUCUGGCGUAUGAAAAUGGCAUCAAUCUGUUUGACACAGCGGAGGUCUACGCUGCCGGGAAGGCUGAGGUAGUAUUGGGGAACAUCAUAAAGAAGAAAGGAUGGAGGCGCUCCAGUCUGGUCAUAACAACAAAGAUCUUCUGGGGUGGAAAAGCUGAGACUGAAAGAGGUUUAUCUCGAAAACAUAUUAUAGAAGGUUUAAAAGCUUCUCUGGAGAGACUGCAGUUAGACUACGUUGACGUAGUAUUUGCGAACAGACCGGACCCAAACACGCCUAUGGAAGAAACGGUUCGAGCAAUGACCCAUGUGAUAAAUCAAGGCAUGGCGAUGUAUUGGGGGACAUCCCGCUGGAGCCCCAUGGAGAUCAUGGAAGCAUAUUCCGUGGCACGACAAUUCAAUCAGAUUCCUCCCAUCUGUGAGCAGGCGGAAUAUCACAUGUUUCAGAGAGAGAAGGUGGAGGUGCAGCUACCAGAACUUUUCCAUAAAAUAGGUGUGGGGGCCAUGACGUGGUCACCGCUGGCCUGCGGGAUCAUCUCAGGGAAAUACGACGGCAGAGUGCCCCCGUACUCUCGGGCCUCUCUGAAGGGUUACCAGUGGUUGAAGGACAAGAUCUUGAGCGAGGAGGGUCGGCGUCAGCAGGCGAAGUUGAAAGAGCUGCAGGCGAUCGCGGAGCGGCUGGGCUGCACUCUGCCCCAACUCGCCAUCGCGUGGUGUCUACGUAACGAAGGGGUGAGCUCCGUCCUUUUAGGGGCGUCCAACACCGACCAGCUGAUGGAGAACAUAGGAGCCAUUCAGGUCCUUCCCAAGCUGUCGUCGUCCAUCACCCACGAGGUGGACAGCAUCUUGGGCAACAAGCCGUACAGUAAAAAGGAUUACCGCUCUUAACGCCCGCAAGCCCGCCAUGGCAGCGCGUCCCGCCUUAUUGCCUGAUCCUAAAUUUGCUUGAGCUUCUACCGAGCGAGACCCCGGCGCAUGAGUGUGGUCGCACCAAAAGGCCACCAGGGGGGCUCCUCACUCACACUUCAAUGGAUAAGAGGGGGGGGGUAGUCCAUUAAAGGAAGGCAGCGAUUCACUUAGCAAAGUGUGCAGAGAGGUUUGCGCUCCUACUUCAAAUCAUAGAAUACUACUUUUUUUUUUUUUUUUUUUUUAAGAAUGAAGAAGAAGAAAAUAAAAAGCACACGCUUUCUCGCCUGUCAGGUUUAGUUUCUCCACCACUCGGAGCAAGUGGAUUCCAUACGUCAUACAUGACGACCAACACGUGUCAUCGCCAUGCGGGUGUGUUUCUUGGACAUUGUGUUGUGUUUGUGUCGUUUUUGUCUGGCCCCCUCUCCCCCGACCCCCCAGUUCCACCCACCUCCCCGGUGGUGGGCUUCAACAAUCAGCACUUUAGUAAUGGUGGGUGUGUCGGGGCUACGUUUAGCCACUGGAAUAAUAACCUAAUCUCACAGAUGUUGCACUAUCGUAGACGAAGAUCAUCCCCUCUCAUCAUCAUCACGUCGUCCAUCAUGUUAUUUUUUUUUCUUUCCAUUUUUCAGUUUGUUGAUCGAUACUCCUGCUGCCAAAGCAUACUGAUUAUUACUUUUUUUUGAGCUAGCUAAAGGAAGCGGCCAUCUUUGAUCUUUGCACCAGGAGCAUGCCGUCACUUUAAAAUUGUGAUUGGCUAAAGGAAGCGCCGUCUUAGCCCUUGUGGUGAAAUGAUCAGAUUUUGCAGAUUUUUUUUUUUUUUUUGCCUGAGUUUGUCCCACAAAACUACAGAAUAUUCAGAUCGGGUUCAAACUUGUAACGUUAAUAACGAUACCUGAGACGGCCGCGUCUUCUCCUUUUGAUGAAAUUCAAACAUUUCUUCUUCUUUGGUAAAAAUGAUUUAAAAUGUUACUGGUAUGUGGAGGAUGUCUGCUAGGACACAUUGUGAUCCUUUUUUUUUUUUUGUAAGUUGUGAUUGAUUCCUGGUGUAAACAAGCUGGUUACUAUGGCAACAAUCUUUGCCAGGGAGGCGUUUCUUGUACCCGCUUUGUGGCAGCAGCUCAGGGAAGCGAGCGAGAGCUCUUCGUUUUAUUUUUCCAAUAA